AUGGUCGGGAUGAUUCCUGUCGCGCGCUUCGGCGCCCUUUGGCUCACCGCCGUCGCUGCGGUGUCUGCCAUCGCCACCCCCGACAAGGACUCUUUCUACACGCCCUCCGGCAACUGGCAAAGCGCCAAGGCUGGUGACAUCCUCAACUCGCGCCAGGUGAAUGUUAGCGUGGGUGACCUGGACAUCAAGGAAGCCUACCAGGUUUUGUACCGUACUAGCCAGAACACCCCGAACGAGGCUCAGCAUUCCGUUGCCACUGUCCUUAUCCCCAGCAAGGCUGGCAAGGACAAACUCGUUGUUGCCCCAUUUUCGCAAGACUCGAAUGCACCCUUCACCGCCCCGAGCUAUGUUCUCGCCUCGCACGCCAAGGAGAGCAUGAUCUACUCGAUUGACGAGUCGCUUCUGGCACCCUAUCUGUCUGCCGGUUAUAUUGUGACUGUUCCCGAUUCGGAGGGUCCCCUGAACAACUUUGCUGCGGGUCGCUCGGAGGGUUACCAAACCCUUGACUCGAUCCGUGCCACGCUCGCUUUCAACAAGGCUGGUCUUGCGAAUGACGCCAAGGUUGCUGGUUAUGGUUACUCGGCUGGUGGCCAAGCUGUUAGCUGGGCUGCUGCUCUCAAGCGCUCGUACGCUCCUGAGCUUAACGUUGCGGGCUGGGCCUUUGGUGGUUCAAUCCCCAAUGUCACUUCGCUGAUCUACCACACCGAUAACACCCCUAUGAGUGGUUACGCCGUCGCGGCCAUCACUGGUCUUGUUGACGCGUACCCUGACCUCAAGAAGGAGGCUGAGAGCGACCUUACUCAGGCCGGUCUCGACGCUCUUGAGUUUGCCCGCAACAACAACAUUGACGCUGUACUCCAGAAGUUCUCGAACGUGAACAUCCUCUCGGGCCAGUACGUUAAGCGCAGCGACGUCCUCGCCAACAUGUUCAGCAAACGUGCUGGAUCGCUUCUGUCGUCGACUGCUUACCGCGAUGUUGCCCGCCAGGUUACCCAGGGUACCUCGUCGAAGGAGGUCCCUGAUGCGCCGGUCUACCUUUACCACGCCAUUGCCGACCAGGUCGCUCCGUACAACGACGUACUCGGCACCUCGCGCAUGUGGUGCCAGAACGGUGCUCAGAUCGACUUUGUCACGUUCAGCGACCCGAGCGCCAAUCACCUCGUUACCCGCCAGGACGGCAGCGCUGCCGCUUUUGCUUUCCUGCAGAACCAAUUCAACGGUCAGGCUCCCGCCAAGGGCUGCACUUACUCGACGACUGGCAAGAGCUCGACUGCUCAGCCUGCCAUUUCGUUCUCGUCGGCUGCCCCUGGCCGCACGGUCCCGAUCCCUAUCGCCACGUCGGGCUCGGCCCCGGCUGCCUCGUCGGUCGCUAGCGUCCCGGUUGUGCCGGUCGUGUCUACCCCUGCUGGUAGCCAGGCCCCUCAGCCUGCUCCUACUUCGUCGGCUGCCCCUGCUCCUGCGGGCACCUCGCCCGCUCAAGUCUCGUCGGCUUCAAUCGCCUCGAUUGCCUCGUCGAUGGGCCUUCCCGUGCCUGUGGUCUCGUCGUCGAUUGCUUCGGCUCAGUCGUCAUUGUCCAAGUCGAUUGCCUCGGUUGCGUCGUCGAUGGGUGUCCCAGUUGCCUCGGUCUCGUCGUCGGCUGCCUCCGCUGCUUCGGUGUCGUCCAAGUCGUCGGCUGCCGCUCAGUCGUCGUCGAUUGCUUCGAUUGCUUCGUCUAAGAGCAUUCCUGUUGCUUCGGUCUCGUCGUCGCUCGCCUCUAAGAGCUCGGCUUCGGCUGCUUCGGUCUCUUCGUCGUUUGCUUCGUCGUCCUCUAAGGCGGCUGCAUCGUCGUCGAUCGCUUCGAUUGCCUCGUCGAAGAGCAUUCCUGCUGCAUCGGUGUCGUCGUCGAUUGCUUCGGAAUCGUCUAAGUCGUCGGCUGCUCAGUCGUCGUCGAUUGACUCGAUUGCCUCGUCGAAGAGUACUCCUGCGGCCUCGGUGUCGUCGUCGAUUGCUUCGGAAUCGUCUAAGUCGUCGGCUGCUCAGUCGUCGUCGAUCGCUUCGAUUGCCUCGUCGAAGAGCACUCCUGCGGCCUCGGUGUCGUCGUCGAUUGCUUCGGAGGCGUCUAAGUCGUCGGCUGCUCAGUCGUCGUCGAUCGCUUCGAUUGCCUCGUCGAAGAGCAUUCCUGCUGCAUCGGUGUCGUCGUCGAUUGCUUCGGAAUCGUCUAAGUCGUCGGCUGCUCAGUCGUCGUCGAUUGACUCGAUUGCCUCGUCGAAGAGCACUCCUGCGGCCUCGGUGUCGUCGUCGAUUGCUUCGGAAUCGUCUAAGUCGUCGGCUGCUCAGUCGUCGUCGAUCGCUUCGAUUGCCUCGUCGAAGAGCACUCCUGCGGCCUCGGUGUCGUCGUCGAUUGCUUCGGAAUCGUCUAAGUCGUCGGCUGCUCAGUCGUCGUCGAUCGCUUCGAUUGCCUCGUCGAAGAGCACUCCUGCGGCCUCGGUGUCGUCGUCGAUUGCUUCGGAAUCGUCUAAGUCGUCGGCUGCUCAGUCGUCGUCGAUCGCUUCGAUUGCCUCGUCGAAGAGCAUUCCUGCUGCAUCGCACUCCUGCGGCCUCGGUGUCGUCGUCGAUUGCUUCGGAAUCGUCUAA